CACAGUUUUGGAACCGCUGUCCCGGACUGGCCGACCUCUGCUCUCCGGCUCUCUGCCUCCGACUCCGCCUCUCUCAGCACCAAACACACGAGCGACCGACUCCCCAGCCUGCCUGCCGCCACCCCGAAGCCCCUUCCAGCUCCAGCCUGCAUGCCUACUCCCCAAACCGGACUCCAUACUUGUGUCCCAGCGCGAGCCCGUUACUCUCACGCCAAAUGUCCUCCUAGUUGUGCCGGAAGAACCAAAAGACAACUUGAGAAGUACAAUAGGGCUGUAUCGGAUAAGUUUUUCCUCUUUGCCCCCAGUUUUCGGGGCAGGACAGCACGGGCAGGCCGGUGGGGGGACAGCAGACCGUAGGAUGUGGAUCUGGUACCUUCUGCUUGGUUCGGGGUCAGGCUCAAGAAUUGUUGAGAGCCAGCUGCUCCCAGGGAAUAACUUCACCACCGAGUGCAACAUCCCUGGAAAUUUUAUGUGCGGAGAUGGGAAGUGUGUCCCAGGUGGGUGGCAGUGCGACGGAUUGCCCGACUGCUUUGACAAGAGCGACGAGAAAGGCUGUCCUAAGGUCAAGUCAAAGUGCGCCCCUACAUUCUUCGCCUGCGCUAAUGGCGUCCACUGCAUCAUCGGACGCUUCCGCUGCAACGGCUUCAGUGACUGUCCCGACGGGAGUGACGAGGAGAACUGCACAGGCAACCCACUGGUGUGCUCGGAGGCUCGCUUCAAGUGUCGAAACGGCCACUGCGUAGACCGCAGCUUCCUGUGUAACGGCCAGGACAACUGUCAGGACAACAGCGACGAGGAGCUCUGCCUAACUACAGCAGAGGCUCCGGGGCAGGACUUUGUGACACUGGACUAUCGUCUGCGCUACUACCCCAGCAUCACCUACGCUGUCAUCGGCAGCGCCAUUAUCUUUGUCCUGGUGGUGGCGUUGCUGGCCUUGGUGCUCCAUCACCAGAGGAAGCGGAGCGUCCUGCUGCCCAGAGGCGUACGAGGGAGCUCGCACCACCACCACCACCAGCCCCUGCUGCUGUCCCGUCUGGUCAUUUUGGACCGGGGCCACAUCCAUCAGGGAGGUCCAGGUCUGUCCCCCGGCUCGCCCGCCACAGCGGGCCAGUACAGCUCAACUCCUCAGGCGCUGCAGCUGCUGUCCGGGACCCUUUAUCCCUCCGGACUCUCCAUGGACUCACCUCCAUCAUACUCACAAGCUGUUCUGGAUGUCAGCCGGCCUCCCUGGUUUGAUCUCCCUCCUCCCCCGUACCUCUCAGAUGGGGAGCUUCCAUCAGAGGGCGAGCUGCCUCAGUACGAUGGCCCACAAGACCCUUUGAGUCACCCUAUGGCGCAGCCCCCUGCACCCUCCACACCCAGAACUGUGGCCUCGGGCACGCAGCCCAGCUCAAGCUCCAGAGAGGAGUCGGACCAGCUGUAGCCUCUGCCUUGGUAGUUAGAACUCAGAGACUGCAGGGCUGAAGGGCCAGGCUGCAGGGCCACGUGAGGCCAGGACAGUCCACAGCAAAGACAAGGACUAAGGCUGUAGACUCGGUGUCCUAAAGUUGCUGCCUACACACUGGCCUGCUGAGGCACUGGACUGAGACGAGCUCAUCCUGCUAGACUGAUCUUGUAUGCUGGCUCCCCCUGCUGGGGUCAUCACUGCACUACAGCUUAAUCAGUUAUUCAUUCAUUGGUUCAGUUGUGCUCCCCUUGAAAAAAUACUGUGUACGAUACCUAACAGCGACCACGACCUGCAUCUCCAAAGGAGCAGGAGUUAAACUGCCAUCCAUAAACAUAUCAUACAUGGUAACAGCAACAUCUGGCACCUGAAAUGGUCACUGUGUUACAGUAUAAUCAUGACACAGUGGUGUUACUCUCUUUGGUGUCACACACUUACUUCACAUUUCACAUCUACAGUGUUUUCCACAGAGGGGUUUAUAAUAGAUUUUUAUUAUUAUGUUCAAUUUGUAAAAUACCUGAACGCUAGAUAAAAUCUGUACUAUGGAAAAUGACUUCUACAUAUGAUGACUUACUGUGCUUAGGUAACUUUUUGCUAGCAGUGACAUGUUGAUGCCUUAUUCUUAUUGAAGGUGGUACACUUUUAAGAGUAAUUGAAAAUGAAGACGAUACAGUAGUGUUGUGUAAUUUUUAACAGCUUAACAGAAACAUAUUCAGUUGUGAAAUACAGAAUAAGCUCAAUCAGAGGUAUUCAAAAAGUUUAAUCUGUUUUUUUUUUUCAGUGUUGUGUGAACAGUGACAGAAACAUUUUGUAACUUCUGUAGUGGUACUUAUUAAAGCUGAACCCAUACUAGAGAAAUUUUUUGCGCUGAGUUGUUGAGAACAAUGUACUUUCUAGACGAGCAGUGGAGGUCUAAAAAUAUGAAGAGGACCAUUGAGUUUUUUAAAUAAUGAUGAGCAUAAAUUCAAUAUAUUGUGAGUUUCAUAAAUCAUUCCUCUAAGCAAAAGAAUCAUCUGUUCGCAAAGAAAACUUUUUAUUACAUUUCUGUUUGAAGACCAAUAAUGUUUUUAUGUAGACACACAAAAAAGAAAAUGUAAUGAUUUUGUUGAGGCCUUAUUGUGCGCCAGUUUGGCCCUUAGUGCCUUUAUAUAUGACAUGUUUGUGGGCACAAAUCGCCUUUGUAGAAUCUGUAAAAUCAGCAGCUCACGACAAAAUACAUUUAAGAAUUUCAUGUCUUCGAUCAGCUUGUUCACAUUUUAGACUUUUUUAAAAAUGUAUAUAACUGUGUCAUUCUGGAAAAUCAUUCUCAGUAGUAUUAGUGCCUGAUGAAAUCCAUAUCUGAAGGAUCUGUGUUUAUAAGUGUACUAUUGUCUUUUAACCUUUGUGUGUUCAUUUCAAAGUGGUUUGUUCAACACUGUACAUAGGAGACAGAGGAAGUAAAGAGGUCUAUUUAAAAGUCGUGUUUAAAGCGAGAGAUGAAUGUGUAAAUGUAGUCGUGCUUCACGUCUUUCUUUUUCCUCCAGAGCUGGCCGUGAUAAAGCAGGCACAAGAAAAACAAUCAAACCAAAGAUAAUCAUUGUUAACCUUAACCCAAGGAUAUUACCCUCCAAAGGAAUGAUUACGUGUCACAAGUGUUUGUACCUUUAUUAUUAAACUGUGCAAAGAUUUAUCGAGUAAAACAGAAUUCAUGUCAUUUGCUGUAAAACUGGAAAACAUUUCUCAGGAUAAAAUUUAUACCAGUCUGUCUGUUUUGUUGUUUAUAUCUCUCAGCUGUGUUUAAAGUAAUGGCAAAUUCCUUUUUUUUUCCAGAUUUGAUCUCAUGAGGUUUUGUGACAUUUCCCAUCAUGAUCUUUUUAUCCCUUGUAUUCUGUACAUUGAAAGUAAUAUAAAAUUCUGACU